AUGGCAACCCCUCCGUGGUUGGAGGGCCGGAAUGCUGGUCAUUACUCUAAUUCCCUGAGCCAGCAAGCGCCGGUGCCGCCGACGGGACUGACUGCCCUCGAGCGUAUGCUCGAUUCGACGCCUUCUGGUCAGAAACCUGACCAGCUGCAGUCACGUUCGGGGGAGUCCCAAUAUUGUCAACCAUGGACGACUCCGUCAUCACAGCUGUCGUUGGACCCGCCGUCGUAUUCAGCGCCGAAUCAGUGGUACAAUCCUGGGGACUUCGCUCCAUAUCCCGGUCAAAAUGAGAUCAAUUACAAUUAUCAACAGCCUCUACCGACGAACUCGCGGUAUGCCCCGCCCUCGAAUCAUCCGUUGGGAACUCCGGGGAACGGAUCGCAAGUCCAAGAAGUCCCGAACCAAUACUAUAACUCACCGCAAAUGCCGCAAGCGCCAUCGAGCUCGGGCGUCAUCAAUGAUCAGCCAUGGUGGUUUCCUCAAGAUAGCAGAUCUUCACUUUCGAGCAGCUCGUCAAGUUCCCAAAGAUAUUUGAGUCCUUUCGGGAACACUGGUUACUACGAGCCAGGAUAUCCCCCACCGUCGCUCCCUCCCCAACAACAGCAACAUUCGCAGCAGCAACAACAACAACAUCAGCAUGCGCAGCCGCCACAGCAACAACAGUCACAACAGCAAGCUCAACAACUGCCGCCGCAGCCGUCGCCGUCAAUGCCUCCUUCGGCAGCCCAGUACAACCACAGCAUUCCUCAGCAGAGUAACUUCAACAAUGGAGCUCCGUCGCCACAAACUUCGUACCCGCAGCCUCCACAAUUCGAACCAUUUGUCGGGUAUUCGAAUUCCCUCCUUCCGCCGUCUUCGGCUGGACAAUCGGGCGGUUACUACGAUGCACCUCCGUAUUGCGAUCCUGGGAUCUACAAUAGAGGCCCGGUGAAAAACGAGCCAAUCAACGCCUGUUCAUCCUCCCAAAACCAUAUGAUGCCACCCUUCGGUCAGCAACAUCAAGCCCCGCCGCAAACUUACCCUGGAAACAGUGAUUCAACAGUAGGUCAACAGCAAUAUCCCUGUACCCACAACUCCCAAAUGUUGUCCCCAGCUCAACAGGCCGUCGAAGCACAGCCGGGAGCGCAGCAAUCUUCACAAAGAACGCCCACCACAGCGUCCGAUGCGAAGAAGCCCCGACGAAGAAGUCGGAAAGCCAAGGAUGCUACUCUCCCAGAACGGCCCGUGCCCCAACAGCCUCAACCGGUGAUGGGAAAUCAGCCUCCCAUUUCCCCGAUGAAUAUGGGAAGCUAUACCCACCCCAUGGGCCCUCCGCCACCUCACGCUCUGGAUCCUUAUCUGAACCCAUACGCUAAUCAGGGGGGUUUCCCCCUCGACGAGCGUGUCCCGGUGACUCCUCAGCAGAUGGCGAACUACCCGCCCGAUCAAUACAUGCCCGUCAAUCAUCAACUAGGCAAUAAGCGUCCAGGGUGCGACAUGAUGACAAUGUCGGACUCCCCUUCGAAAAGAAUGUCGAAUCCCUACCAGACGAAUGGCUUGAUGGCUAACCCUCACAUGAUGAACGGAAUGUAUCAGCAACAUAGACCUCCUGAAGCCCCUCGGGAAGAAGAAAAUUCCAGGGAGGAUCCUGCAGAGAAGGACGAUUCCACUCAAGAAUCGACAAAUACCUUAGAAAGUGCCAAAACCGAGAACGAUGAUGAUGACAAAGGAGGCUUAGCCGCGAGUAGCGAAAACUCGAAAGAUCCCUAUAAUACUACGUCAUCAGCGGAAAAAGAUGAUUCCAAGAAGACCGAUGAGGAAGAGGAGGAAGACAAGAAAUCGAAAUUGCAUCUCCGAAAAAACAUCAAAGAUAUCAAAGACGAAGCGUCGCUCGAUGAACGCACCAGAAACGCCCAGAGAGAGGAACAGGAGAGGAUAAAGAGGUUGCAGGAGCAGAGAAUGAAGGCGCUCAACUCCUUGAAGGAACUCCGAGGAACUCUGCCGACUCCCUACCAAAGCGAGGCGCAAACUGAAAAUCAAGAGCAAGCAGAAUUGCCCCCAGUUGUGAAACAGGAAGAGCCCUCACCGGCUGCUGCGAUUCCUUCCGAUGAAGAAGACAUUGAUGAUGAUGCGAACACCAACGCUACCAAAAAAGACGUGAUCGAUAUCUCCUCCGGGGACGAGUACGAGCCCCGUGACAAGGACGUGAUAAAUGUCAGUGAUGACUCCGACGACGACGAGGAGAUCGACCUUUCGACGAGCAUGCAUCCGAUACGUGAUGAAAACGGUCGAGUUCUGAUCAAUGUCGGCCAUCCCGACGACGAGGAGGACAUUUUCAUUGCCCCUCAACUCGCCCAUAUUAUAAAGCCCCAUCAGAUUAACGGAGUUCGCUUCCUCUACGAGAAUGUCAUUGAGAGUGCGUCCCGCUUCAAAGUGUCGAGCGGCUUUGGAUGCAUUUUGGCGCACAGCAUGGGCUUGGGGAAAACGAUACAAGUCAUAACGUUCACCGAUCUGUUCCUACGACACACGACCGGGAGGAAAGUUCUGAUCAUCACACCCAUCAACACCAUCCAAAAUUGGCUGGCCGAGUUCGACAAAUGGCUGCCGAAAGAGGACCAGGUGUACGUGACCCUCAUAAACGAGGGUCAUGUCAGACCCCGGAGUUUCCCCGUGUUUCUCCUGAAUGAAUCGUAUAAAACCGCGUCCGCGCGGCAUCGGAUCGUCAGGGAAUGGCAUGACAAAGGCGGGGUCAUGCUGAUGGGGUACGAAAUGUACAGAACGCUCGCUCUCAAGAAAGUCUACAAACCAAAGGGAAGGAAGAAGGCCACCGUGCAAGCCACCGAAGAAAUUAUGCGGAAAGACCGAGAACUGCUCGAGGAGGUGUACGAGGCUUUGGUGAACCCUGGACCGGACCUUGUGGUUUGUGAUGAAGGCCAUCGGAUCAAGAACUGCAAUGCGACAACGUCGUCCGCCUUAAAAGAUAUCAAGACGAAGCGGCGAGUGGUCCUUACCGGAUACCCGUUGCAAAACAACCUCAUAGAGUAUUGGUGCAUGGUAGACUUCGUGAGACCGUCUUACCUCGGGACGAAAAUGGAAUUCACCAACAUGUUCGAAAGACCCAUUCAAAAUGGACAGUGCGUCGACUCGACGCCGAAAGAUCGACAGUUGAUGAAGUUCCGCGCGCACGUACUUCAUUCGCUUCUGACGGGUUUCGUACAACGGCGGGGUCAUGGUGUUCUCAAGGAUGCGCUGCCUCACAAGGAAGAACACGUGUUUUUCAUCCGAAUGACCCCAAUCCAGAGAGCUCUCUACACGGCUCUGGUGAAAGAAUUCGUCACGAACUCCGAAUCGGCGAACCCGCUGAAAAUCUUUGCGGUCUGCUGUAAGAUCUGGAACCAUCCCGAUAUUUUGUACAAUCUAGUCAGGGACAAGAAAGGUCUCCCUCCUACUGCCGUGAUGGACCUCGACAUCGACGAUGGUGCUGCCGAGGUCGGAGAGUCCGGAUUGAACGGCUUAGGAUCUCGGAAGAGAGACGAGCUCGGCGAGGGAGGAGACCCCGACGGCGAAGAAGACCCUUCGAAGAAAAAGAGGAAACGAGGGAAGAAGAAAGACGCCGCAACUCCAACCCCCGAACAAUUUCCCAAGCCUGUGAACGAGGACGAGCUCAACAAGAUUUCCUACGAAUGGGCGUACGAGUUGAUGGCUGACUACAAAGCCGACGACAUAACCAACAGUUAUAAGAUGGUUCUCCUGAUGGAGGUACUCGAUUCCUCGCUUCGGGAAGGGGACAAACUGCUGGUUUUCAGCCAAUCGUUGCUCACGUUGGACCUCGUCGAAAGAUUCCUCCAGAUGAGAGAUCUCCCACCCAGACCCGGUUUGAACUACACUGAUAAAUGGGUCAAGAACAGGACCUAUUUCCGCUUGGACGGCGGCACAUCAGGCCAAGAACGUGAGAAACUCAUCAAUGACUUCAAUCACAAUCCAUGCGUGGCCUUGUUCCUCUUGUCGACGAGGGCAGGCUGCUUAGGAAUUAAUUUAAUUGGCGCAAAUAGAAUUGUGGUUCUUGACGCCUCGUGGAAUCCUUGCCACGAUGCGCAAGCUGUAUGCCGGGUAUACCGCUAUGGUCAGCAAAAGCCGUGCUACAUAUAUCGCUUCGUCUGUGAUAACUCGCUGGAGAAAAGAAUUUAUGACCGACAGGUGAACAAACAGGGAAUGUCGGACAGGGUUGUUGAUGAAAUGAAUCCCGAAGCUAAACUGACGUGGAAAGACGUAUCGACGCUGAUACAAGAAGACGAAUGUGAUCCGCCAGAAGAGGACUUUUCAGAUAGCCACGAAAAGUUCAGAGAUCCCAUCAUGCGACAGGUCGUGUCGGUGGCGUCGAGAGCUUUCACGAAACUGCCUUUCGAGCACGAAUCGCUUCUACUCGAUCAGAAAGAUCAGAAGCUAACGAAAUACGAGAAAAAAUUGGCUAAAGCCUCAUACGAGCAAGAGAAACGCGCAGCGCAACUCGGUGGUAGAGGAACCUACGGUUCCGGUAUCACAACCAUGAACGGUAGGGGAGCUUACGGGAGCCAAAAGUCGAGGUUCGACAUGAUCAGAGACCCCAAAACCGGCCAAGCGUUCCCGGCGUCGUUCACAGGUAUGCAAUCGAACGUCGGCACGGCGCUCAUCCACAGCCUCAUCAAGCAAGGUAUGACUGUGCAGAAGAUGCGGAUCCCAAAAAGCAUAACAAUCGGACUCGCCAAAGAGCCCCCCAUACAGCUGCAAGCCGGCUGCGAACUGUUCGUCAUGAAAACCCCGCGAGGCGUCUACCUGAGACUGCCGUGUGAACGGGUGAUUGCAAUGCGGCUUCCUCAAACUCUGGACCAAUUGUGCAUGGCUCGGCCCAGUCCAUUCCGGCCGGCAGCGGAGAUCAAAAAGCCUGAAGUAAUCAACCUCGAUGACGAAGACGACGACGAGCUGUCGAACGACUUCGACGACUUGAAACCAAAACCAAAGGUGAUCACAAUCGAAUCCGAAACGAUCUCGAAGAACAAAGGUCUAUACGACAUGCUCACGAAGGAUUACAAGUCUACGAAACAAGAAGAGGAGGACAUUCUGGGCAAAAUGGCCGCCAACAAAAAUCUCCAGCUGCAAGUCGUCACCGAGGUGAAAGCGGAACGCAAGGCUCGCAUAAAGAUCACCCAGCGUAAGAAGAUUGACAAGGAAAUGGCUAAGGUGCAGUUGCUAAAUGGUGAGUCGGCCAGUGUGUACGAAGGUGACUCGGAUUCGUGUCGAGACAGAGGCGAAGCGAACUCGACCGAGGACGAGGAAGCGUUCGACCUGGGUUCGCUCAGCGGAGAAAUCACCGUUAGUCCAGUGAAGAUGUCCAACACUCGCCCUAACCGAUCCUCAAGCAAAGACGAACAGGUUGAUCUCGAUGCUGACGAGGGCGCGCCUUCGAGCAACGAAAACUCUCAAGGUUCUGCAUCCGACAACUCCACCGAGGUGAAACGAAACCCGCUAGCCAUUCAGAACCUUGAUGAAAUGCUCGGAGGAACCAAAUCAGCGCCACCGCCUGCGGCCACAAUUCAAUAG